GGCGCCGCCGCCGGUUCGUCUACCCUUUCCCUCAGCCGCCUCCUUUCAACCUUGUCCACCGUCGGCGCGGCCUCUGGUGCAGCAGCUGCGGCUCCCGUACCUGCCGCAGCGCGCUCCCCAUCUUCCCUCCCCACCAGAUCCCGGAGUUCACCCGCCAUGGCUUUACUCACUGCGGCCGCCCGGCUCUUGGGAGCCAAGAAUUCAUCCUGUCUUGUUCUUGCUGCCCGACAUGCUAGUGCUUCUUCCACGAAUUUGAAAGAUGUGUUGGCUGACCUGAUCCCUAAGGAGCAGGCCAGAAUUAAGACCUUCAGGCAGCAACAUGGCAAGACGGUGGUGGGCCAAAUCACUGUGGACAUGAUGUAUGGUGGCAUGAGAGGCAUGAAGGGACUGGUAUAUGAAACAUCAGUUCUUGAUCCUGAUGAGGGCAUUCGUUUCCGAGGUCAUAGUAUCCCUGAAUGCCAGAAGCUGCUGCCCAAGGCUAAGGGUGGGGAAGAACCCCUGCCUGAGGGCUUAUUUUGGCUGCUGGUAACUGGACAGAUCCCAACAGAGGAACAGGUUUCUUGGCUUUCAAAAGAGUGGGCAAAGAGGGCAGCCCUGCCUUCUCAUGUGGUCACCAUGCUGGACAACUUUCCCACCAACCUACACCCCAUGUCUCAGCUCAGUGCAGCCAUUACAGCACUUAACAGUGAAAGUAACUUUGCCCGAGCAUAUGCAGAGGGUAUCAACCGAGCCAAGUACUGGGAGUUGAUUUAUGAAGACUCUAUGGAUCUGAUCGCAAAGCUACCUUGUGUUGCCGCAAAGAUCUACCGAAAUCUCUACCGGGAAGGCAGCAGUAUUGGAGCCAUUGACUCCAAACUGGACUGGUCCCACAAUUUCACCAACAUGUUAGGUUAUACUGAUGCUCAGUUCACUGAGCUGAUGCGCUUGUACCUCACCAUCCACAGUGACCAUGAGGGCGGCAAUGUAAGUGCCCAUACUAGCCACUUGGUAGGCAGUGCCCUUUCAGACCCUUACCUGUCCUUUGCGGCAGCCAUGAAUGGCCUGGCAGGGCCUCUACAUGGACUGGCAAAUCAGGAAGUGCUUGUCUGGCUUACACAACUGCAGAAGGAAGUUGGCAAAGAUGUAUCAGAUGAGAAGUUACGAGACUAUAUCUGGAAUACACUCAACUCAGGACGGGUUGUCCCAGGCUAUGGCCAUGCAGUACUAAGGAAGACGGAUCCACGAUACACCUGUCAGAGAGAGUUUGCUCUGAAACACCUGCCUAAUGAUCCCCUGUUUAAGCUGGUUGCUCAGCUGUACAAGAUUGUGCCCAAUAUCCUCUUAGAACAGGGAAAGGCCAAGAAUCCUUGGCCCAAUGUAGAUGCUCACAGUGGCGUGCUGCUCCAGUACUAUGGGAUGACGGAGAUGAAUUACUACACAGUCCUGUUCGGGGUGUCCCGGGCACUGGGUGUACUGGCACAGCUCAUCUGGAGCCGGGCCUUGGGCUUUCCUCUGGAGAGGCCCAAGUCCAUGAGCACGGACGGUCUGAUGAAGUUUGUGGACUCUAAGUCAGGGUAAAACUGAAGACCAGGGGAAACUGGCUACCAGGAAGUGCAGAAACUUAAAAAAAAAUGUAUACUUUCGUUUUUUGUUUCAGGGGGCCUUUAAAGACUUAAGAUUAAAUUGUAUCUGAGGCACUGAAAAUAUGUUCGAGGUUCACGUACAAAUUAAGACUUGAAAAGAUCAAAAGUGAUGCCCCUAUCCGCUAACCAGCUUCCUUCCCUCUGCCUGAUUUGAGCUGCCCAUCAACUGUGGGGUGACCAGGGCUAGUGCAUGUGGUAUGGGUUAGGUUUGGCUUCCCACCAUCUCUAGAGUAAGAAGCAGGCUCCUCUUUCCUUAGGUCAAAGCUGGUCGCAGAGAAUCUGCAGUCACUUUGGAGUUUUGCUUCUACUCUGCCCAGUCCUUAAUAGGCCAGCAAACUAGAACUCCGCCCCUUCUGUUUCCAUAGGAAUCAUGUUGGAUUUUCAGCUGUACCAAGCCCUGUGACCUUCUCCCAUGCACACAGACCCCUCCUAGCAAGACCUGCUGGUUAGCUGGACAUGCUUUGACAAUUUUUUAUGCUAUUGGGUAACCACAAAGGCAUGGCAUUUGUUGUGACUAGUGCCCGGUGUUUUGAAUUCAGUUCUCUUUAAAAAUUAUACCAUUAAAAUUAAGGUAGGGGAGUAUUCUGUUUCCCACUACAUUACUACUCAGCCUCCUUCCAGACUUUCUAUACCAGUUGCACCUCAAACUGGGGAUGCUGUGAACUCCCCAUCUUGGUCCCCACUCAAGACCUCCUUCAGCAGGUCUGUCUCACCUGUGGUCUUCCCUGUUUUGUUUUUUAUCAGUGCUUAAUGUGAACUAAACCUUUUACUUCCAUUAGACAGAAGCCACUCCCCCUGGUCUCCCCACCUUUGAAUCUACUGGGGCCUAGAGCAGGGGCUCAGGAAUGACCCGCACGCUAUCUUCAUGGUCUGUCCCAGGGGUACAAGCAUCUCUCUUUGAACAGGGAAAUGACCCAAGAUUGGACAUAGUUGCCUUUGUGUAUCAGGUCCUGAGGCUGGGGGCAUUACAGAUGGUCAGGCUCCCUCCUCAUCCCCUGCCACGGGGAAACGCUCCCUUAUUUAUCAGUGUCCUUCCCUGUCCCUUCCCCAAGUGCUCACAGGAGAGUGUUUGUUUUAGAAGCCCCAUCGGUACAGGUUUUCAGUGACUCAGAAUGCUCUACUGCCUUUUCUUUAAGAAAGGAUUGAGAUACACUCCUACCGUGCCCCCUUCCCUUGAGACUCCUGCCUGUGUUUGUGUGGACCCCCGAGCCCCAGAGCCACGCUGUUAGAUGGACACACUGUAAACCCCUGGGUGACUGUCAAGUGAUGAUGCAGACUUGAGGUCGUUCUGUAUAAAAUACAAAAUAAAUGUUUUUAUUAACAAUG